AUGAGCGACGUCUUCUCUCAGCCACAGAAGAAGAUUGAGAUCUCGACGCCGUACGACCCCGUUCAUCUCACCCACGUCGGCUUCAACUCGGACACGGGCGAGUUCACUGGCCUGCCUCGCGAGUGGCAGCAGCUCCUGCAGGACUCGGGCAUCUCCAAGCAAGAUCAGGAAGCAAAUCCACAGGCGGUCAUGGACAUUGUUGCCUUCUACCAAGAUGCUACUCAGCACGUCGGCGAUGAGGAUGCCGUCUGGAAGAAGUUUGGUGACGCAAAGCAGGGAAAG